AUGAAUAAUCAAUUACGUCGUGAAUGCAUACGAGUAUUAUUUAAUUGCUGGCAUUGUCAAAAAAUUGAUGAUUGUAAAAAAUAUUCUCAACAUCGCUCGAAUUCAACUACAAGACAAUCAAUGAUAAUGAGAAAUGGAGAUAAUAUAGCUGAUAAUCGUGAAAGUGUAUCAAUGGCAUCAUCAAUGCGUCGAUCAACUAUAAGGACUUCAAAAAUAAAAGUAUCAACUAUGCCAAUACUUGAUACAGCUUAUGUUUAA